AUGGCGCUCCCCCAUCUCACCUCAGCAAUCCCCUUUCUCACAGAGGCUGGUCUAGAGACCACGGCCUAUCACACGUACAAAAUUGAUCUUCCUUGUUCUUCCGGCACAACACUUCUGACCUCGGAAUCAGGCCGCGAGCUGGUCAGGUCUCUGUACAAGUCGUACGCCAACAUCGCUGCAUCGUCUGGCACCGGAAUCCUUCUCGCCACACGCACCUGGCGUGCGUCUAGUGCCUGGGCAAAACCGUUGAAUUACAGCGAAGAUGAGCUGCGCGACCUCAAUUAUGCCGCGGUGCACUUUCUUAAACAAGUCCGAAAUGAAGUGAACAAAACAAACCCUGCCGUGCGAAUUGUCCUCGAUGGAGUCGUAGGUCCAUUAAGGGACGCAUACGAGGACUAUUCAUCUGAUGAAAUCUCCGUUGAUUCGGCAAAGGAAGCCUACCGCGGCCAGAUCCGCACGCUCGUGGAAGAAGGGGUUGAGAUCAUUUCUCUCAUGACUGUGACGAACCUGCACGAAGCCAUUGCGGUCGUUGAACUAUCAAAAGAGAUGCAAAUCCCCGUCGCGGUAUCAUUCAGCCUCGAGUCCGACGGAAAACUGCUAAGCGGACUAUCAUUGGAAAAUGCUAUCCAAACCGUUGACAAGGCAACGGACGGAUAUACCACGUAUUUCGGUAUCAAUUGUGUGCACCCGGCGAGGAUAUUACAACCUCUCGAGAAUAUGGAUUUGGAUGUUAGGCAAAGGAUUGGACUUAUCCGAGGAAAUGCCAGCUUGAAAAGCCAUGAGGAGCUCGAUAACAGCGACACGCUUGACCGCGGGCAUAUUCCGACAUUCGUCUCAGCCUUGAAACAAGUACUUUUGCUAUUACCCGGUAUCAGAGUGGUGGGAGGCUGUUGUGGAACAGACGAGGAGCAUUUAACGGCCCUUGCACAGCAAUGUCUUUCUUGA